AUGCGGCCACUUGUUCCCACUAUAACACAUCUUGGAUUCAGGACUGCCCUGAUGGAACUAACUCUUGGUGCCCAAGAUACCCUCUUUAUCACUUCUGCGGACAUAAAUGUCAUUAGCAACACAGUAACUACACAGGGAUCAAAUAUGAUGGCAGCUUUCCACCGAGGAACAGAAAAUGUGGUCGGUUCUAGCCCUGAACUGUUAGACCAUAUUGAACACAGCCCUAGCCCUAAACUGUUGGCUCAUACUGAACACAGCCCUAGCCCUGAACUGUUGGCUCCAAUUGAAAACAGCCCUAGCCCUGAACUUUUGGCUCCUACUGAAGAUAGACCUAGCCCUGAACUGUUGGUUGUUACUGAAUACAGCCCUAACCCUGAACUGUUGACUCCAACUAAACACAGUCCUAGCCCUGAACUGUUAGCUCCUACUAAACACAGCCCUAACCCAGAACUGUUGGUUCCUUCUGAGCACAGCGCCAGCCCUGAACUGUUGGCUCCUACUAAACACAGCCCUAGCCCUGAAUUGUUGGCUCCUACUGAACACAGCCAUUGCCCUGAACUGUUGGCUCUUACUGAACACAGCCAUAGCCCUGAACUGCUGGCUACUACUGAACCCAGCACUAGCCCUGAACUGUUGCCUCCUACUGAACACAGCCCUAGCCCUGAACUGUUGGCUCCUACUGAAUACAGACCAAGCCCUGAACUGUUGGCUCCUACUAAACACAGCCCUAGCCCUGAACUGUUGGUGCCUACUGAACACAGCCCUAGCCCUGAACUGUUAGAUCCUACUGAACACAACCAUAGCCCUGAACUGUUGGCUCCUAUUGAACACAGCCCAAGCCCUAAACUGUUUGCUCCUACUGAACACAGCCCUAGCCCUGAACUGUUGACUCUUACUGAACACAGCCCUACCUUUGAAAUCCCUAGCCCUGAAUUGUUGGGUCGUUCUGAACACAGCCCCAUCUCUGAACUGUUGGCUCCUACCGAUCGCAGCCCUAGCCCUGAAAUGUUGGCUCAUACUGAACACAGCCCAAGCCCUGAACUGUUGGCUCAUUUUGAACACAGCCCUAGCCCUGAACUGUUAGCCCGUACUGAACACAGCCCUAGCCCUAAACUGUUGGCUCCAACUGAACACAGCCCUAGCUCUGAUCUGUUGGCUCAUACUGAACACAGCCCUAGCCCUGAACUGUUGGCUGGUACUAAACACAGCCCAAGCCCUGAACUGUUGGCUCUUACUGAACACAGCCCUAGCCCUGAACUCCCAAGCCCUGAACUGUUUAUUUCUACUGAACGAAACCCUAGCCCUGAACUGUUGGCUCCUACUGAACAGAGUCCUAACCCGGAAUUGUUGCCUCCUACUGAACACAGCCCUACCCCUGAACUGUUGGUUCCUACUGAUCAAAGCCCUAGCCCUAAAUUGUUAGCUCAUAUUGAACACAGGUCUAUCCCUGAACUGUUGGCUUCUACUAAACACACUCUAGGCCCUGAACUAUUAGCUGCUACUGAACACAGCCCUAGCCCUAAACUGUUGGCUCACACUGAACAGAGCCUUAGACCUGAACUGUUGGCUCUUACUGAACACAGCCCUAGCCCUGAACUUUUGGCUCUUACUGAACAAACCCCUAACCCUGAACUAUUGACUCCUUCUGAACACAGCCUUAGACCUGAACUGUUGGCUCAUUUUGAACACAGCCCUUCCCUGAACUGUUGGCUUCUAAUGAACACAGCCCAGACCUUAACUGUUGGCUCAUACUGA